CCCCGACACAAAGUGCACAUCACUCACCAGAGAAACAAAAUGGAUGAGAAGCCUAUCACCAGGAAAGGGUCAGGUUUCUGCUCAUUACGCUAUGCACUGGCUCUCAUCAUGCACUUCUCCAACUUCACCAUGAUAACGCAGCGCGUGAGUCUGAGCAUUGCCAUCAUUGCCAUGGUGAACAGCACACAGCAUCAGGACCUAGCGAACGCAUCCACUGAGGGGCCCGUGAUGGGCCUCCUAAGUAACCGGAGCAGAGGCAUCAAGGACUUUAGUACCCGGGCUGCUGUUUAUCAGUGGAGCACAGAGACCCAGGGCAUCAUCUUUAGUUCCAUCAGCUAUGGAAUCAUACUGACGUUAAUACCGAGUGGAUAUUUAGCAGGGAUAUUGGGAGCAAAGCAGAUCCUUGGCGCUGGGUUGCUCAUCUCAUCCCUACUCACGCUGUUUACUCCACUGGCUGCUGACUUUGGGGUGAUUUUGGUUAUCGUCCUUCGCACAGUUCAGGGGAUGGCACAGGGAAUGGCGUGGACCGGUCAGUUCACAAUUUGGGCAAAGUGGGCUCCACCACUAGAACGGAGCAAGCUCACCAGCAUUGCAGGCUCAGGGGCAGCAUUUGGGUCCUUCAUCAUCCUCUGUGUGGGGGGAUUAAUCUCACAGGCACUGGGCUGGCCUUUUAUCUUCUACAUCUUUGGUAGCAUUGGCUGUGUCUGCUGUGUCCUGUGGUUCACAGUGAUUUAUGAUGAUCCCAUGCAUCACCCAUGCAUAAGUGUGAGGGAAAAAGAACACAUCACAUCCUCAGUGGCUCAGCAGUCUAGUUCUCCCAGAAGAUCCGUCCCCAUAAAGGCAAUGGUCAGAUGCCUGCCACUGUGGGCCAUUUUCAUGGGCUUUUUCAGUCAUUUCUGGCUUUGCACUAUAAUCAUAACAUAUCUACCGACGUACAUCAGUACAGUGCUCCACGUUAACAUCAGAGAUAGUGGGGUUCUGUCCUCCCUGCCUUUCAUUGCUGCCUCAAGCUGUACAAUUUUAGGAGGUCAGAUGGCAGAUUUCCUUCUAUCCAGGAAUCUUCUCAGCUUAAUCACAGUUCGAAAACUCUUUUCAUCCCUGGGGCUCCUCCUUCCAUCCCUUUGUGCUGUGGCCCUGCCUUUUGUGACUUCCAGUUACAUAGCAACCAUUGUUUUACUGAUACUCAUUCCUGGGACCAGCAAUUUGUGUGACUCAGGGUUCAUCAUCAACACCCUAGACAUUGCCCCCAGAUAUGCAAGUUUCCUCAUGGGCAUCUCAAGGGGAUUUGGUCUCACUGCAGGAAUCAUCUCAUCCACUACCACCGGAUUCCUCAUCAGUCAGGUUGGGCAUGUUAUUGAACAUCUGCAAGUGGCAGGAUUCUGAAUCAGGAUGGAGGAAUGUGUUUUUCCUGUCUGCUGCUGUCAACAUGUUUGGUCUGAUCUUUUAUCUCAUAUUUGGACAAGCAGAAAUCCAGAACUGGGCCAAAGAAAGGACUCUCACCCGCCUCUGAGGAUGUAGGGUUGGAGAUCAACCAAAGUGCUGACCCUUAACAUAUUUUGCUUAUCACCACUCUUUCUUUGUACUUAUGCCCAUAGACACAGUACUUCUCUAUUCUGGCUGGGUGCUAGCUUUUGCCAAAGAGCUUCAAAAACAGAUGCCCAGGCUACCCUUCAGCGUGAGUUAGUCUGGGGUGGAACCCUGGUGCCACUAAUUUUAGACUCCCUGGAGUUUUUCCAACAUUCAACUGUGGUUGAUAAUUGGUAGAGGAAUUAGAAGUCAAUUUUAGUUGCCUUUGGAUUUUUCUCUUUGGAAAAUACUAGAUGAAUACAAUUAUAUCUGGAAUAA